UUUAGAUCUGUCAAACAGAGACUUUGUUUAGUUUUUCUUAACCUACGCUUCCAUCCUUGUACUUUAUCUUCUUUAAUUUCUUUUUUAUCUUUUUAUUAUUUUUUAAAAAUUAUUCUUUACUAUGUUUAAAUUUUUAUGCCCAAAUCCUAUAGUUUAUGUUUCUUUCUUAAUUUUUUACCCAUUUCUUCAUGCAUUUGUCUUAUGACAUUUUUAUACAAUGAUAUAAUUUGUUUCUUUUUCUGACUAAUUUAUUAGGUAAUAUUUUUAUUAUUUUAUCAUUAUUAUGAAUUGAGGUAUUGAUUCUUUGUUUAGGAGUUGCAGUAUAUAUGUUGGAAAGAUCACCCAAAGUGGGUUCUGUACGUUCUCCCUGGGCAGUAAAGAAAUGGAUGAAAGGAAGGAGCAGUGAAAAAAAUGAUGGACGUCUCCGAUUAGAGGCCGAUGUCCUACGACAACUGAAUCAUCCCAAUAUCGUCGGUUUCAGAGCAUUCACCAAGGGAGUAGAUGGAAAGCCUUGCUUGGCUAUGGAAGCGCUGGAUGCGUCACUUGGUGACAAAAUUGAGGAGAGACGCGAUGCCUUGGAGGACGAACCAUUCCUAGCUAAGGACAUUUUGAAAGUUGGUUUCGAAAUUGCAAAGGGACUUGAGUAUCUGCAUUACACCGCACACAUAUUGCACGGUGAUUUAAAAAGCUGGAACAUCUUGGUAUCCCAUGAUUUCCAGACUGUCAAAUUGUGCGACUUUGGAAAUUCUCUACCUUUAACAGAAUCUUUAGAAGUGGACACGUCAAAAGGUGAUUUUUGUUAUGUUGGGACAGAGUGUUGGAAUCCUCCUGAGAUUGUAUCCGAAAAUGGACCGGUUACGAGUGCUGCUGAUAUUUGGACAUAUGGACUUGUUCUUUGGGAAAUGAUAUCUUUAUCGCCACCUCACUGUGAGGAUAAUGAUGAAUCUUGCGAUGAAUCAAUCGUGUCAGAAGAUAUGAGUUUAAAUGAGCUUAAUGAAUCUGACAUUAGUAUGAACGAAAGUAUGACUUUCCUGAAAGAAAUAAUGCCACGUAGAAACAGUAAAUAUGGCACUCGUCCAGCCCUGCCUGCUAUCGAUUUGAGGAAAGAAUACGAAAAGGUACUGGAAAUAUUUUUUAUAUGUACUACAAAUUAUAAAUUAAGACCCAGCGCGAAAGCACUGGUAAACUACUACGAAAAAUAUGCAAAUAUUAAUAAAAAAUAAUAAGUUACCACUGUAAAUUUAUCACAUACACAUAAUACUUUUAUUCAUAACUUUCAACAAUAUUAAAAUCAUCAACUACAUUUAUAGGAUAUCUUGUAUAGUCUUUAAAGUACGAUAAUAAAUAAAAGCAAAAUUAUUAUUAUUAUACUU